UCCUCUCUCAUCCAAAGACCGGACAGCUCCGAGUCUCACCUGUGCCGCUCUGUUCGCCAAUCAUCGCCCGCCGCCCUCCCUUCGCCUCAUCCCCCUCUCUCUCUUCGUAGAAGAAUCCGAAGAAGAGGGGGAGUUUAAAAGGGCUUUGAAUUUGGUGGAAUUCGCGGGUUGCUUCCGUGCCAGGGUUUUUGCUUCUGAGGAGGGAGGGAGAGAAUUAGGGAAGGAGGGAAAGAUGCGUCCCAGCUUUGGCCGGAGCUGUCUCGCUUUCCUCCUCAAGUUCUUUAGCUUCUUGCAGACCUUCGUUGGGGUCUCGAUAUUGAUCUAUUCGGUAUGGGUGCUGAAUCGCUGGAACCGGCAAGGGCUCGAUCUCGAUCUAGAAGGCCUCCCGGCUCCUUGGUUUAUAUGCGCUAUGAUGGGUGCAGGGGUUUUGCUGUGUCUGAUUGCUUUCACAGGACAUGUCGCUGCUGAAGUUGUCAACGGCUGCUGCCUCUGUUUCUUUGCAGUAUUGGCUAUCGUACUUAUUUUAUUAGAAGCAGCUUUAGUGGGUGCUCUGGUAUUCGACAAACAUUGGGAAGAGGAUCUUCCAUAUGACUCUACCGGAGAACUGAAAAGGUUUUGUGCAUUUAUAAAAGAGAAUAUGGAUAUAUGCAAGUGGGUUGCUGUAACUGUGAUUGUUAUUCAGGCAUUCUCCCUUCUUUUGGCAAUGAUUUUGCGAGCCAUGGUUGCAGCCAGAAGAGUAGACUAUGAUAGUGAUGAAGAUUUCGUAGUUAUAAGGAGGCCACUUUUAGACCCACAAGGUGGCCCUAGUUAUGCUACAACUUCUGUUGGCAGCAAAGGGAUUCACUCAGACUUCUUGAGUCCACAAAUGAGACAAAAGGGAAGUUAAAUGGCCUUCGAACAGUGAAGAGUAACAAGUUGAGGAUGUUGAGGUGGAUUUAUGGAAGACUAAUCAGUAAAUUAGUAGAUUAGAGAAACACUGGGAGUAGCACCGGUAGAGCACAAGUGAAGGAAGAUCACUAAUAUGGGUGGCACAUUUGCAGCACUGCCAGAGGAAAUCAAAAAAUGACCUGGAUAUCAUAGUGAGAAAUAAUUUAAAGGCAGUUCCUAGUUUAUAAGGGUCCAAUUAGCAAACCGAGGUUGAUGGGAUAAGACUCCUUACAUUUUAUGAAUUUUAAAUGAGUUGCUCUUGCUUUCUAUCUUCCUAAGUUCCCUUGUUCUAUAUGUCAUGUUUGGUCAAGUUUCUGGAUUUUGCUGAUCAGUUGAGCUAGAUUCCCAACCCCUCACCCCCCCAAAAAAACACCACCAAAAUUCAUCUUCUAAAUUUAAAUUGAUCAGCACUAGCAAUUGAAAAUAUUAGAAUAAAAUUGGACUAGACAUUUCAUUUUAGAAGUUAGUAGAAAUUUGGAACAUGGAUCUGUCACUAAAAGAUCAGACAUGUAUAUGGAUCAUAAACAUGGUUUCAUAUAAUCCAAAGCAAUGCUGGCUUCAUAUGCUCCAUUGAGAUAUCAUGAUGCUUAGAUAAAUGUAGAACAAAUGGUUUGUGAGCUCAAGCUGUUGUCUACCUGGCAGUUUAUAAGAGUCCAUGGCUCCAUGCCGUAAUGUUAAAUAAGAUGACAAAUACCUGCUCAUUGAUUUACAUGGAUAAGACUGCUUAUUGCAUAAGCAAGGUGACUGGUGCAUUUUGAUCCUAUUUACAACUUUCAUUGUUUCUGUUUGAUUUGUUAGGUCGUAAGUUGUUGGUUCUUAAGGUAUACAUAAAGCUAAAAAUUGCUACUGGCACUUAUUCUAAGACUUCACAUUCAACAGUACGUUGUACUUGUUCUUUUCUUCUUAAAAUUUCUAAUGCUUGUUGAUCAGGAAGUUUGAGACCCAACUGGAGAUGUUAUAUUAUUCUUGUUCUUGGUGGAAAAUACACUUUAAGCCAUGAACAGGAUUUAGGUUAGAAUUUAACCUGAGAAAAUCUGGAGCAUGUGUAUUUUAACGUCAGAGCCCUUUUCAAACCUCAGAAGGGUGUGACUAGAUGCCCCUUGUCAAAAUGAAGGAUCAUCCACUAUAACUAAGUAAUUUGGUUACUUGAUGGGAGGGGUUUACAUUCUUAUUUUCGGCUUUUCAACUUGCUUUUGUUUGAGUAUUCCAUUAAGAGGCAUCUCGUACCUUCAUGAGCAUUUGAGUGAAAAACUCUUACACACCUUUUCUAUAUUUAUUGAUUUUUA